CUGGCAUCAUGUUGAUUAUUGAAUGGUUUUAGAUGAUUACUUCAACAGUGAUGCACUCAAGUUCAAGCUCAAUAUUGAUGCGUAAAUGGCGUCGUCAUUGAUGCUAAGCCGAAAUAGAAAAGCACGAGCUCUGCUUGUCAUUUACUCUCGCAUAUCAGAGCCAAACAGCAGAUAUCAUAAUCUAUGCUGGUUCUCCAAACCCUUUAGUUCAUGGGCUUUGGCCAUAAGAAGAGCUUCCUCUCCUUACGAAGCCUUAAGAAUCUAUACCCAAAUGCAGCGCCAAUGCAUCCCAUUCGAUAGCCACUCUAUCUUGUUCACAUUGAAGUCUUGUACCCAUUUGCGGAACGUUUCUCUUAUCCGUCAUCUUCAUUCUCAUCUCCUCAAAAUCGGCUUCAAUUCUCAUGUCUAUGUUGCUACGUCUCUUCUGAAUUCGUAUGUUGUUGUUUCGUUCGAUGAUGCACGUUUGCUGUUCGAUGAAAUUCCUGAGAAAAACACUGUCACGUGGAAUACUAUGAUCACUGGUUAUUUUAGGUUGGGCAACGUUGAUAAAGCUCGUUUGGUCUUCGAAACUAUGCCUGAUAGAGACCUUGCGUCAUGGUCUGCCAUAAUCGCUGGGUACAUGCGCCUUGGCGACUGGGAACGAGGGAUGGCACUCUUUCGUGAAAUGAUGACAAAUGAGCCUUUUAAACCUGACCAAGUGACCUUAAGUUCGAUUUUAUCAGGUUGUGCCCAUAUGGGUUCUCUUGGGUUAUUGGUAGGCAAAUCAAUACAUGGUUUUACGAUGAAGAACGGGUGGGAGUUGAAUGUGUCGCUUGGGACAGUUCUGCUCGACAUGUAUGCAAAGUGUGGAUUUUUGAAGAGCACUUACCUGAUUUUCGAGAGGAUGGAGGAGAGGAAUGUCCUGUCUUGGAGUGCAAUGAUCUGUGGACUGGCCCAAAACGGACGUGCUGAAGAGGCUCUCUCUAUGUUUGAGAAGAUGAAAGAAGCUGGCAUCAGACCCAAUGAGAUCACCUUCACAGGGAUUCUUAGUGCAUGUACACAUGCUGGGUUGGUCGAUGAAGGCCGGAAAUAUUUCAAUAGUAUGGUUCAAGAGUAUGGCUUGGAACCAAGGAUUCAAAAUUAUGGGUGCAUGGUGGAUUUAUUAGGCAAAGCAGGGUUGUUAGAAGAAGCUUAUAAAGUCAUCAAGACAAUGAACCUUGAGCCCAAUAUCAUAGUGUGGAGUUCUUUCUUGGCAGGUUGUAAAUUGCAUAAGCAGUACUUUGAGAUGGCUGAGAAAAUGAUUGAACAGAUUUUGCAGGUUGUGAAGCCAGAGAAUGAUGGAGGGGUUUAUUCUCUAAUAUGUGAUAUAUAUGUUCUGAAUGAGAAAUGGGAUGAUGCGGAAAGGGUGAGGAAUUUGAUGAUUAAUCAAAAUGUGAAAAAGGUCCGAGGAUCAAGUUUCAUUAGAAGUGCAGCUGCAACAUAGGAUCUAAUCAGUUUUGUUUCCCAACAGAGUCAACUAAGGAUUUAUGAUUUUUCAAA